GGCUCGGGGCCCGGCCAUGGCGGAGGAAGGGAGCAAUGAGGGUAAGGCCGGGCAGGCCCACCCUGCGGUGCCGCGCGCCCGAGGCGGACGGGGCCUGCCCAGCAGCGUGCUGCUGCCUGUGAGACGCAGCGGGUCUGGGCGCGGGGAGCGAGGGGGGCCCAGCCUUGGGUGACGGCAUGGGGCGGUGCCACGCCUCCGCCAAGGAAAAGUGAUCCGUGCCGCUGGGGGCACCGGGGCUUAUUUUUAGAGGCAGGCAUGUUCUGCUUCUGGAAGCGCUGCCAGAAAGUGUGAUUUAAAGGCGAAAGAUGGCGUGGUAGCUGAAAUUGAGAAAAAGAUUACAGAAGCUUUUAAGGUGUUUGAUCACGAAGGAAAUGAAACUGUGGAUGUCAGAGAGAUUGGUUCAAUUGUCAGAUCACUGGGUUGCUUCCCAACUGAGGCAGAGCUACAUGAACUGCUUGCAAAGCUCGUGUAUACCCAAAGCUCCAUCACUGAAGACGCUGCAACAUCCUUGGCUAUGUGCAGUACUGCUCAGCAACAAGUACAACAUUGGUGUGUUAUCAACGUUGUUUUUCUCCUAAAGCCAAAACAUGGCAUCAAAUUAACUCUAGCCCAGGUAGAAGAAGAAGAACCAACUGGAUAUGUUCAUCUAGAAAAAUUUCUUCCAGUGAUGACAAAAGUAUUACUCGACAGAAGCUACAGGCCUAUUCCAGAAGAUGUUCUUCUACAUGCAUUUGAGGCUUUAGAUGAGAAUAAAAGUGGAUACAUUACUAAAGAGGAGCUGGUAAAACAUAUGACUGAAGAAGGUGAACCAUUUACAGAGGAGGAAAUGGAGGAGAUGCUCUCCAGUGCUCUAGAUCCAGAAACAAAUGCAGUUCAUUACAGAAACUACAUUUCACUGAUGGUAGUAGAUGAAACUGAUGAUCUUCCACAGUAGACUCUGAGGUGCCUUCUGGUAACAGCAACGUAGCUUAGCAGUUGGUUGAAAUUUCAAGUAUAACAAAACACAGUGUGUGACCUUGCGCUUAUAAUUAAAAUAAAAUCUGUGUAGUUAUAUUUCCUUA